GAUCAGAUUUCACAUUCAGCUCCGACCAGCUGAGAGAGACAGCCAGAGAGAGCAGGAGGGCUCGUAUCUCCGCUUUCCCCUCCGAUACCCCCGCCAGAAAAAAAAGAAGCCCCUGCGAGGAAGGAACCGGGUGCGCGGCGCGUAAAAAAAACAAACCAAAACACCACCGGGAUUUUUUUCCACCCUCCUUUUUUUUUCUUUUAUGUAUUUUUGCAGGAUUUCAGCAGCUCGAGCGCCACAGAGAAUUAGAUAGAGAGAAGAAGAAGAAGAGAUGGACGAGCAGACGAGGUUGAUGCACUCUCACACGGGGGUAGGCAUGGCAGGGCACCCCGGCCUGCCGCAGCAUAUGCAGGAAGGCACCGGAGGAACGGACGGCGACGGAAGAAAACAGGACAUUGGAGACAUUUUACAGCAAAUUAUGACCAUCACGGAUCAAAGUCUGGACGAAGCCCAAGCCAGGAAACACGCUCUGAACUGUCACAGAAUGAAGCCAGCUCUUUUCAAUGUCUUGUGUGAAAUCAAAGAAAAAACAGUGCUGAGUAUCCGCGGCGCCCAGGAGGAGGAGCCCCCGGAUCCCCAGCUGAUGCGCCUGGACAACAUGCUGCUGGCGGAGGGCGUGUCCGGUCCGGAGAAAGGAGGAGGCUCGGCGGCGGCAGCGGCUGCAGCGGCGGCCUCGGGGGCGGUGGGGGCCGACAACUCGGCAGAGCACUCGGACUACAGGGCCAAACUGACCCAGAUCAGACAGAUCUACCACACGGAGCUGGAGAAGUAUGAACAGGCAUGUAACGAGUUCACCACCCACGUCAUGAACCUGUUGCGGGAGCAGUCACGCACGCGACCAAUUUCGCCCAAAGAGAUCGAGCGCAUGGUGAACAUCAUCCACCGCAAGUUCAGCUCCAUCCAGAUGCAGCUCAAACAGAGCACCUGCGAGGCCGUCAUGAUCCUGCGCUCCCGCUUCCUCGAUGCCAGACGGAAAAGACGAAACUUCAACAAGCAGGCAACAGAGAUCCUGAACGAGUAUUUCUACUCGCACCUCAGUAACCCCUACCCAAGCGAAGAGGCUAAAGAAGAGCUGGCAAAGAAGUGUGCCAUCACAGUUGCCCAGGUUUCCAACUGGUUUGGGAAUAAAAGAAUCAGAUACAAGAAAAACAUUGGUAAGUUCCAAGAAGAAGCCAACAUGUACGCUGCGAGAACUGCCGUGAAUGCGGCUAAUGCAUCCUCACAUGGAAGCCAAGCAAAUUCACCCUCAACUCCAAACUCUGCAGGUUCUGCUGGCUCUUUUAACAUGUCAAACUCCGGGGACUUGUUCAUGAGCGUGCAGUCUCUCAAUGGGGACUCGUACCAGGGGGCUCAGGUGGGAGCCAACGUGCAGUCACAGGUGGAUACCCUUCGCCAUGUUAUCAGUCAGACAGGCGGAUACAGUGAAGGACUCACAGCCAACCAGAUGUACAGUCCGCAGGGCAUCAAUGCAAACGGCGGCUGGCAGGAUGCUCCGACCCCCUCAUCAGUGACUUCACCCACAGAAGGACCCGGAAGCGUUCACUCCGACACCUCCAACUGAUUCUCCACUCUCGCUCCCUCGUCCUCUGCUUCCGAACUUCCUCCACCACUGCUCCCCACAGCCACAUCUCCUCAAACUUACCCCCGUCGGGACUGGACGUGAUGUGAUGUGCGGACACAGCUGGGGUCCGGGAUGACAUUUACGGACAAAUAUUUCACUUUUCCUAUCUGGACUACGGUUAGCAGCCUGCGUAGGGGACUCAUAUCCACACUUCACAGUUUGUACAGUUUCCACUUGAUGUCCAUGUUGCCUCUUUGUAUUUCUCUUACAUUAUAUAUCCACACAGUAGGCACACAGUUAGCAGCGUAACGCCCCACGUCUUGUAAAUUGAGAUGCUUCCACACUACCUCUAUUCGAAAUAAUAACAACAACAGAGAAAACAUUUCAAAAAGCUUUGGUUUUACAAAUUUUUUAUAAUUAUUGGAAUUCUCCUGUACGCCACACCCUGCCCUGUCAUAACACCUCUGUCUUUAUUAUUCUCUUCAUCUAUAUCAGGGAUGGGCAACUAGAAAUGCUGGAGGGGGCCACAAUUUUUCAUGGACACUACCACAGGGCCACAUAUAGGACCGUGCACUUAACCAGAUAUGAUGAAACUGCAAUUUUAAAUAUGUUUACAGUGCAGGAACUUAACAUAUUUCAUGCUCAAAUGCAUAUAUAACAAUAUUAACAGGAAUACAAAAGGUUUGAAGCAAAUAAAAAAUAACCACUUAUUGUGAUUUAUUUUUUUAUCAGUGCAAGAACAGCAGACCAAUAUUAAUUGCAAGAAGUCAUUUUGUGCAUUUUUACACUGCACUUUUAAGAUUUCAUGCUCAAAUGCAUGUAGUUGAACUGAGGGCCACUUCAAGUGAGGGUGCGGGGUGUAUGCGGCCCCCGGGCCUCCAGUUGCCCAUCCCUGGUCUAUAUAGUGCCAAAGUUCAACCCUGGAGGUGAAUUUUGAUA